GCAGACGUUAAAGUCUCUGCCAAUCUACUCCGUCUCACACCAGCGCCUAUGUGUGAGUGUGUGUGUGUGUUUGCGUGAGUGUGUGCUGAUGACCACACUGUGGGAUUAGUAGCCACAUGACAACACUGGGCUGGACGCCCACUGAGCCCUUCAUUGUGUUUUGCUCGCAGCAGACGCAGUCUGACUGCAGCCGGUUCACUGAAAGCUGGAGAUUUCCAGGCUUCAUCUGUGUGAUCCUGUAAAUGAGGUCGGAAGCGGGCAGACUCUCGUGAUGGAGCAGGACGCCGCCAGUUUAAGUGGAGAGGACAACUUUGUGGGGAAAUCACCCUGCUGCUCUGACUCCGAGGCUCUGAGUCAAGGAGACAAAGAUUACACCGACAUCCUGGAGCUGAAUCAGUUUGAUGGACUUCCUUAUUCGUCUCGGUUUUACAAGCUGAUGGAGGAAAGGAAAGAGCUGCCGGUGUGGAGAGCAAGGAGUGAAUUCAUGGACACGCUGGCCCAUCAACAGUUUGUUGCUGUCAGUGGAUUUGCCAAAACAGGAAGAAGUUCCCAAAUUCCCCAGUGGUGUGCCGAGUUCGGCCUGUCAGUCCAGUUCCAGCAUGGCAUGGUGGUCUGCACCCAAACCCAUUCCCAGCAGGCCGUGGAUCUCGCCCUGAGAGUGGCAGAUGAAAUGGACGUGAACAUCGGCCAUGAAGUGGGGUACAGCAUCCCUCUGGAGAAAUGUUGUACCAGCGAGACGGUACUAAGGUGUGCUAUUCUUCAGAGCCACAGAUGUUUCCAAAGCUCCUUUAGGUUUUUUUUCCCCCUUUUCUUGUUAGAAUGCACCGUCAUGAAACCCCGCCUUAAAGAGAGGUGAACAAAAGGCUUGAGGGGCUCCAUUCAGGGGCUUCACACCAGCUGCCCGUCUCCCCGUCGACCCAGAUGUCACGCUCUCCGUGUGGGUCGCUCAUAAGUUAUGCAGAACAAAAGCACUCAGCACAAUGAGGGAAGAGAGAUAAACUGGGAUCUAAUCCAAACCAAAAUGCUGUUUUCCAGGCGAUACCGAUUCUUUGGGUAGAGAUACGAUCAGUAUCGUUGAUAUUGAUAUUUUUCAUAAACUGGGUGGAUGUGAACCUCAAAAUCUCACUUUUUAACCAAUGUGAAUAUUUUUUUUGUAAGAUUCCAUAUUUAAAACUAAGACUGGGCGAUACUUAGCAUUUGGGUAUUGAUCUGGUACUGAUCCGAUGCUGGUCAAUAUAGCUGA